GUGGUCGCAGCGAAGGGAACAGUCCCAGUACACUACGGCUUGGAGUUGACACAACAAUCUACUGACAUCUAAAAACGAUUGUGUUCUAAUAAAUCAAAAAAGUUAGCAAAAGAAGAUGACAAUUAUCUGACGUGCUAUUUAGUAGAACUUGUCAAUGUGUAGUUAAAGCAGAUUAUUUUCUAAAAAUGAAAAAAAACGUAAAGAGUCUGCGAAAUCUCGUCAUGGGGUUGAUGGUUAUUACCCUGUGUAUCACGGUCCAGGAGUCGGAAUCAGCGGCGUGUCAUGGAUGUGCAACGGGAUCAAGUUGUGACUGCAGCGGAGUGAAAGGAGUCAAGGGUGAAAGGGGAUUUCCAGGACUACAGGGUCAGCUGGGUGUACCGGGGUUCCCCGGACCUGAGGGGCCCAUCGGUGGCAGGGGAGAGAAGGGUAGUGACGGACCUUCAGGGACUGGAGGUCCAAAAGGGAUAAGAGGACCUCCUGGACUGCCUGGAUUCCCCGGAACACCAGGAAUUCCAGGUCUCCCAGGACAGGAUGGCCCCCCAGGCCCCAAAGGAACUGCAGGCUGCAACGGGACUAAGGGUGAGCGAGGAUUCCCAGGAAGUCCAGGCUUCCCCGGACUGGAGGGUCGAUUGGGUCCACCUGGUUUUCCAGGACAAAAGGGAGACCCAGGUGACAUCAUCACAGCUGAACGUUUCGGACAGAUAGGAGGUGCAGGUCUGCCUGGCCUGCCUGGAGUUCCUGGUGACCAAGGCCCCUCGGGAUUGUCCGGUCCUACCGGCCCUCCCGGCCCCAGAGGUUAUGAGGGUCGUCCCGGGCCUCCUGGUCUUCCUGGUCCAAAGGGAAACAUGGGGUUGAACUUCCAAGGUCCCAAAGGAGAUAAGGGUGAUCAAGGUUUACCUGGUCCACCUGGUGAUCCUGGUUAUCCUGGAACCCCUGGUUCGUCUGGUGGUUUGAAGGGAGAGAAAGGAGAAAACGGAGAAGCAGGCAAAAGGGGCAAACCGGGGAAAGAUGGAGACCCAGGUCCUGCUGGAUUCCCUGGUAGUAAGGGAGACCCAGGUGGGCCAGGUCUGCCGGGUCGGGAUGGUGACAGGGGUUCCAAAGGUGACCGUGGAUAUCCUGGACGCCCAGGCGUGCAGGUGAGCAAUGGUCCAACUACAGUUGGUCCUAAAGGAGAAUCUGGGCGUCCUGGGGAGACGGGAAGGAAAGGAGACAGAGGACAGCCUGGUCUUUCGGGUCCUCCAGGUCAACCAGGGACCCCAGGUAUCGGAGGUGGAGGCCAGCCCGGUUUACCAGGCUUCCCAGGAGAGAGGGGCCAGAAGGGAGACGAGGGCCAGCCAGCCAUCUCCAUCCCCGGGAACCCAGGACGAGGUGGCGCCCCUGGUCUGCAGGGACCUCCAGGACCUCCUGGGCCCCCAGGGGUCUCCAAUGGGGGUAUUAACUGUAUAGGAGGGGCCCCCGGGUUACCAGGACAACAAGGCAAUAUAGGAUUCCAAGGAGAGACCGGACAGAAAGGUGAGAAGGGAGACACCUGCGUUAACUGUUUCUCCAGAGGCAACAGUGUCCCUGGAGCACGAGGCCCUCCCGGACCUCCUGGGUUCCCAGGUGGACCUGGAGGACCAGGGGCUAAAGGUGACAGAGGAUUCCCAGGUGGCCCAGGGCCCUCAGGUUCUCCUGGUUUGCACGGUCCCCAGGGUGCUCCUGGUUUCCCAGGAGAGAAGGGUGACCCAGGUGAGGCUACCGCUGUGAAUGGGGUGAGCGGAGACAAGGGAGACACAGGGUUUCCAGGACCCGCUGGCCUGCCUGGUCUGGACGGAAGACCUGGUCGCGAUGGAGGUCCUGGAGCUCCUGGAGCCAAAGGAUCAUCUGGAUCUCUAUUAGUUAAGGGUGAGCGAGGACCUCCAGGUGAGCCCGGUUUGCAGGGUCUCCCAGGUGACAGGGGUGCCAACGGAUCCCCAGGCUUCGGCCCCCAGGGGCCCCCCGGAGAGAAGGGUGUCCAAGGUGUCUCAGGGAGAACGGGAACACCUGGAGCACCAGGAGGUAAAGGGGAGCCGGGUCAGACGGUAGCAGAGAAGGGCCUCCCAGGCCCCCGAGGACAGGAUGGAGACCCCGGUCUACCUGGAAACCCAGGUAACCCUGGCGGGCCAGGACAGCCCGGUUUCCCCGGGUCACCGGGUCCCAAAGGUGAUCCCGGCCUCUCUGGCAUCGGACUGCCAGGACCCCCCGGAGCUAAAGGAUUCCCUGGCUCACCUGGUUUGCCAGGUGGUCCCGGAGGUCCAGGUAGACCAGGUGUGGACGGGUUCCCCGGACAGCCAGGUGCACCUGGAGCUAAGGGAGAGCCAGGCUUUGGGCUGUCAGGUCCCCAGGGCUCACCAGGCUUCCCCGGAGAUAAAGGAUUACCUGGACCCAAAGGAGACUCUGGUUUCCCUGGCAACCCCGGCUUGCCAGGACGAUCCGGCUUUGACGGCGGCCCUGGUGCCAAAGGUGACUCUGGUAUCCCUGGUAGAACUGGAGAUCGUGGCCCUCAAGGAUCACCCUCCAUCGGCUCUCAGGGUGUCCCCGGCCCUGUCGGACCCCCAGGACCUAUUGGUGCUCCAGGAUACUCAGGCAACAAUGGAGAGAAGGGAGACCCCGGUCUUCCUGGCCCGGGCAUUACAGGGUUGCCAGGAGACAGAGGAAGUCCCGGUUUCCCUGGCAGCCCCGGGGGAGUUGGACCUCAGGGUAACCCCGGUGGCCCUGGCCGCGAUGGAAUACCUGGCCUGCCUGGUGGUAAAGGAGACAUGGGUGUAAUGGGAACUCCUGGAUCUCUGGGAACCCCUGGCAACCCCGGAGGGCCCGGCUUCCCUGGACCUAAAGGUGACGAUGGUUUCCCAGGGCGACCAGGUGGGACCGGCAGUCCAGGUCUGAAGGGAGACAGGGGAGACCCCGGUCUCGUAGGACCCCCCGGGCCCAGCAACUCUCCCCCUACAAUCAAGGGAGCCAAAGGAGAUGCAGGAGAACCAGGUUUGCGAGGUCAGCCGGGUCAGAAGGGUAUUUCCGGUCUCCCUGGAGACGCUGGUAUACCAGGACAGGAUGGAAGACCUGGGUUACCUGGACCUCAAGGUCCCAAAGGAGACAUGGGCAUCCCUGGAGGAUCAGGCUCACCAGGAAGCCAAGGACUUAAAGGCAACAUGGGAGAGAUGGGCUUCCCAGGACCCACAGGAGCGAAAGGAACUCCAGGUCAGCUAGGUCGGUCAGGCGUACCCGGUAGUUCAGGAGCACCAGGGUUCCCCGGAGCUAAAGGAGACCCAGGUUCCCCCGGAUUUGGUGCCACAGGAGCUACAGGUCCCAAGGGUGAGCCUGGUCGGUCGGGAUUCCCCGGACAAAAUGGAGUGAAAGGAACUCCCGGAACACCAGGGCUUCCAGGGUUUCCCGGUGGCCCCGGAGCCAAAGGCGACCCCGGCCUCCCAGGAUUCCAAGGUUCUCCCGGUAUUCCCGGGCCUAAGGGUCUGGACGGUACCCCUGGUAACCCCGGUCUCGCCGGAGGCCCCGGGCGACCGGGAGAGAAUGGCCGUGCCGGAUCACCUGGGUUCCCAGGCGACAAGGGUCAGGCAGGUCGCGACGGAAUCCCUGGACCAGCGGGAGUCAAAGGAGACCAAGGUCUUUCUGGUUUCGGCGGCCCAGGUUCUCCUGGUCUCCCAGGGUCACCAGGUGCUAAGGGAGAUUUUGGCGCCCCUGGUCUUCCAGGUAACCCUGGGUUCCCUGGUCAGAAGGGAGAGAUGGGCUUCCCCGGCCAACCUGGGUCCCCCGGGAGCAUCGGGCCCCCUGGUGCCACAGGUGUGGCCCUCCAGGGGCCCAAGGGUAACAGUGGAUCCCCCGGCCCCCCUGGAAGAGGAGGUCCUCCUGGCCCAGAGGGUCCUCGUGGCCUUGGGGGCAGCGGAGGGACCAAAGGUGAGAAGGGAAUCCCUGGAUCUUCCGGAUCCCCUGGUUUCCCCGGAGCGAAGGGAGAAUUGGGAUCGCCCGGAUUCCCAGGUAUUCCUGGCCCUCCUGGUGGCAGCGGGCUGAAGGGAGACAUUGGACUUCCCGGCGUUCCCGGAUUCCCAGGACUAAAGGGAGAAUCUGGAAGCCCUGGAUCAUCCGGUCUGCCUGGAGAUCCUGGAGAUCCUGGUCCUGCUGGAAACCAAGGUGACCCAGGUGUCGCUGCGUCCCCCAUCAUGCUGAAGGGAGAACGUGGCCCCCCUGGCCCUUCAGGUCUGCCAGGCAACCGUGGCUCCCAAGGACCCCCCGGACAGGAGGGACGCUCAGGUCAGCCCGGGCAACCAGGGGACCCCGGUCCUGAAGGACCCCCAGGAUUCAGUGGAGCCUUCGGCCGCAAGGGAGACUCUGGACCCGCCGGACAGCCAGGUCAGCGUGGGUACCCAGGUCCCACUGGUUCAGAUGGUCAGCAGGGUCCCCCAGGUAACCCCGGCUCAGCCUCUGUGACCCAUGGCUUCCUGAUCUCGAGACACAGCCAGGCUGAAUAUGUCCCUAUCUGCCCCGAAGGGACCAGCCUCAUCUAUGACGGGUUCUCUCUGCUCUACGUACAGGGCAACGAGAGGGCACACGGACAGGACCUCGGUACUGCUGGUAGUUGCCUGCGUCGGUUCAGCACCAUGCCAUUCAUGUUCUGUAACAUCAACAACGUGUGUAACUUCGCCUCCCGUAACGACUACUCCUAUUGGCUGUCUACACCCAUGCCCAUGCCCAUGAGUAUGGCCCCUAUCACCGGAGAAGGCAUCAAACCUUUCAUCAGCAGGUGUGCAGUGUGUGAGGCCCCUGCCAUGGUGAUCGCUGUACACAGUCAAACCAUUCAGAUCCCCACCUGCCCCAGCUACUGGGAACCACUGUGGAUCGGAUACUCCUUCAUGAUGCACACCAGUGCAGGUGCAGAGGGCUCUGGUCAGGCUCUGGCCUCUCCUGGCUCCUGUCUAGAGGAGUUCCGGAGCUCUCCCUUCAUCGAGUGUCACGGCCGAGGGACCUGCAACUACUAUGGCAACACAUACAGCUUCUGGCUGGCCACUGUCGACCAAUCAGAAAUGUUCAGGAAGCCACAGUCAGAGACGCUGAAGGCAGGUAACCUAUCGACGCGCAUUAGCCGCUGUGUGGUCUGUAUGAAGAGGACGUAACAGCGCGGUGGCAACCGUUGCCGGGGACGACCGACAACGACAAUGGCGGCAGGCGGGCGGAGUGGGGGUGAUGUUGACGUCUCCGUGAGAACAAGGUGGAACUCCAAUGGUGCAUUGUCUUCCGGAAACAGCAACUUCAUUGGUGCUACUGUGCAACACAGCAAGAAAAGAAAAAAUGUUGAUAAAAUGAAUUUAUUUAAUCUUUUAUUCUUUUUACUUACCUCAAGUACGUCAAAAAGAAACACACAAAAUCCACAAAAGGUGCCAUGGUGAAUGUGUGACAAAAGUGCAUUUUGUUGAAAUUUUUUCUAUAUUUCGCAGAGAAUAUAUAUAUAUAUAAAAGUGUUAUCAAUAAUGGUAACACUUCAUUUUAAGGGGUCCUUAUUACAGUAUAAUUAAAUGUGUAACUGCGCUGUAUCAAAUAUUGUAUUUAAUUGUAAUAACUCAUAGUUACACUGUAAUAACAACAUGUAACUGGUGAUAAUUUCAAUCUGUAAUUACAGGGGUGUAACAACAAAUGCUUGUUACCAUGCUUGUUACCAUGCUUACCAUGCUUGUUACCAUGCUUACCAUGCUUGUUACCAUGCUUGUUACCAUGCUUGUUACCAUGCUUGUUACCAUGCUUACCAUGCUUGUUACCAUGCUUACCAUGCUUGUUACCAUGCUUGUUACCAUGCUUACCAUGCUUGUUACCAUGCUUACCAUGCUUGUUACCAUGCUUGUUAUCAUGCUUACCAUGCUUGUUACCAUGCUUGUUACCGUGCUUGUUACCGUGCUUACCAUGCUUGUUACCAUGCCUGUUACCGUGAUUACCAUGCUUGUUACAAAUGGGAAAGUCUCCACUAAAUUCACCAAUAAGUGUUAACUGUCACAAGGUUGUAAACUCUUCUGGACAGAUGUUCUGGAUCCAAGAUGACAAAGUUUGGAGGCUCAAUAGGCUCUAAUUACCCGUGUUGGCGCACACUUCAAAAUCUCCGCUCGUUGUUGUUAGCAGUUUCCCCCCAAAAAGUGUAUCAACUUGGUUGAGUUUCCAAAAAAAAGAUCAGGUAUAGGACAACCUCACUGACUGGAGUCUACCAUAUGGGUGUCAAUACCGGAUUAUAAUAUAUAUUUUACUUACAAUGAUUGUGUAUGUUGUCCAUUAUGUGGGAGGAUAAACCCACAAGUACACCGCGGACUACAUAUAAUAUAAGUACAAGUACAAUGUAAUUACUGUUACAAAGGAUUUCAGAACGUUAAAAUGAAGUGUAUCUUGAUGGAUACUUACUUGUAAUUAACGUGUACUUUUAUAUAGUACAUUGCCCAUCCCGACAGCUUGGACCUCAUUAUAAUGCUUCUGGAAGCACCAUCAAAGUGAGAAAAUAAACACACUAGUACACAACAGAGUACAUGUAAUAUAUGUAUAAGUACAAUGUCAUUAUUUCUGCUAGCUAAUCCCAAAAAUCUCAACAGAUUGCAUGGAAAGUCUAUUCCGUAGACGGUAAAAAAACACUAGCUAGCUAGCCUAGUUGGUAGGCCCAAUAAAAACGCCAGCUAACAUUUGCUAGCUAGCUAGCUGGCCAACACAAGGCCAGCUAACAUUUGCUAGCUAGCUAGCUAGCCAACACGAGGCCAGCUAACUACCUAUGUUAAAUGUUCCUCAACAGCAAAACCCUUGCAAAGUUACAUGAUGGUCUUAUGACCAUUUUAAGUGCAUUUAUAAACCCUUAUUCAACCAAGAUUAAUAGGCUUUGGCACGAAUGACCAUAACUGUUUAUGUGUCUAAAAAUGUUUAAUUAAAGUAAUUGACCAAUUGUCAAAUGCACCAUGAAAUAAUGUAAACAAUGUUUUUGAUGUGAACCGUUUGGGAAACCUUUGUUACCGUUGGACCUGGGAAUCAGGCUCCAGAUCUUUUUGUGCAGAGUUGUGUCAAUGUAGUGGUCGGUUUUUAAUUGGCUAACACUUAUCACGUGGUUAGUGCAGGCUGAAAUAUGGUGCGUUGGGAUACUUUCGGAAACUGUAACAUCUAUAACAAGCAUGGUAACAACCAUUUGUUGUUACACCCCUGUGUGUAACAGCAAUUACCACCAGUUACAUAUUGUUAUCACAGUGUAACUAUAAGUUAGUUAUUACAAUUAACUACAAUAUUUGAUACAGUGUAAUUACAUAUGUGAUUACACUGUAAUAAGGACCCAUUAAAAUGAAAUGUUACCAAAAUAAUACAUGUGGAUUUUUGGUUAUUGGCACAGACGAGGUACAUCAUUUUGUUUUUAGACAGAUGUGCUAUUUUUUUAGUUUUUAGUAUUUUUUAGUUUUGUUGUUACCAAAUCGGCACUUUGACCUCGGAACAUCAAAGAGAACAGAUGCACUGAUGAGCUUUCUUAGCGAGACUGAUUCUUUUCCAGGCUUACAUUUUUUUAAUGAAUCUUUCCAUUGUUCUUUUUUAUAAAAAAAAUAAAAAAUAAUAAUUCUC